ACACGCGACACUCUUCGAGGCACCAGCAGAGUUCAUUUUGUGUGUUCUAAGGCAAAAACGGAAUCCAGUAUUACUACUCUCCUCGAAGCAGGCAGCAGUGGGUCGGGGGCUGAAGAAGAACGUCAUCGAACCUUCCAUUUUGGUGUGACUCGAACAACUCAAUGGCUCUUGCAAAUAGGAAUAUUCCUUUUUCUUACAAUAUCGGACUUCCUUGAGCGGCAAGAGACUUGUUGCAGAUUUUAGUUGGUUUCGUUCCUUCAAUCUGACAUACUGCGAUCGACAAUCGCUCAUUACUUUGGCCAUGACCGAGUCAAUCUCAUCAAGCCUCAGCCAUCUGGACCUCGAGACAGAUGCAACAAGCAUAAGUAACUGCAGUGCGGGCAAUGAAAAUGGCAAAGAUCUCGAGGCUACUGUUCAGGACCUCAUCCAUCGGUGCCAAACGUUAUACGAGGAAGUGGAAACCUAUGUCGAAGCUGUCAUUGAGCGUCAGAAGAUCACGAGGGUCCACCAUCCAGUCGAAUACCGGAAUCUUCGCAACGAUUUCAAGAACGAGCUCGCGUUCCUCAAGAAGAUUGUGAACUCUGGUAAGACCGAGGAGAAGGUGCGCCACUUCAUCGUUUCCUCGAAUCUUACCUACUAUGAGGCACUAUGGAGCGCCGCGAAACGAUCCAUCGGCCUACAAGCUUUCCGGAAAUACUAUUUCUGGGAUCGACUCAAAGCACCGGCCGGUAAACGCACACUCAAAGGCCUAAGCCUCGGGAAAGGAGGCAUAGGGAAAGGGAAAACAGCAGCGCUGGUGGAUAUCGUUGCAGACGAAGGCAGGGAGUGGAUUCGCGUAUCGACUGUUUCAGAGAAAAGGAUCAUCUUUGACCUCGCGAAAUUAGGCUGGGUCAAUGACUCCGAUUCAGACGAGGACAUGCCAGACCCUCGCAUAGACAACUGGGAGGACGACGAUGAUGAAGACCAGGUUGAUGUUGUGAGAAACGCGCGAGAGCUCGCACGAGCUGCAAAAGCGAAUCCGAUACAGGGACGACCACCACAAGUACGCUUUGUGCUCACCCGCAUUGUAGCUGGAAAGAUGAAAGAAGUUGACGGCAUCAUUGCGAAAAUCAGGGCGACUGGAGCGAUCGUGCAGUGUGCUGAAGACAUACCUCCGGCGCAACCUUUACAGGCCGUUUUGAACGAUCUAUUGGUGGACCGAACACGGGCACUGUCUGAGACGCUAAACAUCGACUGCACCGUUCUUCUUGCUCUUAUUUCUGACAUAUCUCACAAACCCUGCCCGAUCCUGGAUUGGUACCCUGUCGAAGUCAAAGCUCAAAUCAAAGAAGAAGCUGGCGAGAAUCUGUUGCCGACCCAUCUAUACCCUGCAAUUGGCUCACACUCCAUGGUAUGCACCCAGGAAGCCGCCGACCAGAUGAACCUCAUCGUCGAGACGCUCGCCACCGAUGCCGAAAAGCGGCGCGCACAACUCCUCAUCGCGCAAGGCGACUGCGAAGGCCGUACAACCGAAGACCUCAUAACAGAAUGGGCGUCCAUGUCCGAUCAUCCAGUCCCUGCUGGCUUGAAGCUGCCUAUACGCGUCGUCCCGAGCAACAUCGACAAAAUCGCUGCCCAGCUGCCCGCUGCAGCGCGUAAAGUCCAGGGCGAGAUGACCCGGCUGAAUGCCGCAAUUUUCUUCUACGGCUGGGCUGAGGGCCUCACGACGUUGAGCUCGAAUCGCGCGCGAGCUCGCCAGAUCGAGCACGCGAUUAACCAGCACGGGCUUGAGGACGGCGAGGCCGGUCCGCAUAUAUGGCUCUGCGGCGAGUCGAGAAGUCUGAUUGCGAAACAUGGCCGCAGAGCGCCGAGGUGAGUGAGCGACCUGCCGUAGACUCUGUACCAGACUGACAUGACUGGGUCAGUUUGCAUGUGGGAAGGCAUUGAAGUGAACACGGCAAAAGGCAACGAUCAUCCAAAGGGAUGGCCAACACAGCACAGCAUUAGACGCAGUCUUACAUCAAUAUUCUUUGCCUCAUAUCAUCGCACCAAUGUGCACCUCGCAGUAAUCUCACGCGUCACGUAAAAAAAACAGGACCCACCACCAAACCCUUCCUCAACCUUGUCAA